UCAUCACUCGAACACACUUGACACGAACAGGCUGUUAAAUAAUUAUACUUUACGUUUACGUACUCAAUCAAAGUUUAAGGAUUUAAAUGAUAGUUUUAAGUAUUAUUUCAAGAGUUCUUGGGACGAAACUGUCAGUGAAUGUUAGUCAGUGUUAAUGUGUGUUAGUUUGUGUGUGUGUGUGUGUGUGUGUGUGAGCGCCCCUGCUGUCGGGUGUGUGUAAUUGUCACUGUGAGUGUGUUUUGUCUGAUGGAGGUUUUUCAGGAACUGUAGGGAAAGCAGGACAAACUCUGACGCCGUGAGUGCUCGAGCGCUGCGUCGGACGCGCGGCCCGCGGCAUCUGGAGCGUCACCGGUAGUGAUCGGGAGUGCCUCGCUCGGUCUCGUGAUGGCCGGUGUGUGUCCGGCUCCGCCGCUCUGGUAUCACCGGGAUCUGAGUCGCGCUGCGGCGGAGGAGCUGCUGGCGCGCGCGGGGCGCGACGGGAGUUUCCUGGUGCGGGACAGCGAAAGCGUGAGCGGCGCGUACGCCCUCUGCGUGCUGUUUCAGAAACAUGUGCACACGUACAGGAUUUUACCCGAUGAUGAGAACUUCUUGGCUGUACAGACGUCUCAGGGUGUUCAGCCCAAGCGAUUUCAUACUCUUGGUGAGUUGAUUCAGUUGUAUCUUCAGCCCAGUCAAGGUCUGGUGACCACACUACUGUUCCCUGUGGAGAGAGAAGAAACCACAGACGACAAAGAUUACUCUGAUGGUGAAGAUGAGAAACCCCCCCUCCCUCCACGGACUGCUUCCACCGGCAGUCCUUCAGGAUCCGCCCUCACCGGUCCGGACGUGCCUCCUGAAAAUGUGUCAAAUGGUUUGAGUACAGUGUCUCAUGAGUAUCUGAAGGGCAGUUACGCUCUGGAUCUGGAGGCUGUGAAACAGGGAGCCAACAGUCUGCCGCACCUCAACAAGACACUGGUGACAUCCUGCAAACGCCUGCACGGGGAGGUGGAUAAGGUUUUGUGUGGACUGGAGAUCUUGUCUAAGGUGUUUGAUCAACAGAGCGCCUCCGUGGUGUCCAGAAUGAUCCAGCAGUCGAUGGCUCAGGGUGGAGAUCAAGAGUUGGAACAUCUGGUCGCUAAACUGGCCAUUCUCAAAGAUCUGCUGUCAUCUAUAGAGAAGAAGGCUCUUAAAGCUCUUCAGGACAUGAGCACAUCUGCUCCGCCCAUCUCACCGCUGCUGUCCGUCAGACACAACAAAACCAUCCCAGUUCAAACAUUUGAGGUGAAGCUGGAUGUGUAUCUGGCAGAUCUGACAAAGAUCGGUAAGAGUCAGAAAUAUUCCCUCAGUGUGGAUGUGGAGGAGGGAAAACUGGUGGUGAUGAAGAAGAUGAAGGACGCUCAGGAAGACUGGAACACAUUCACACACGACAAGAUUCGACAGCUGAUAAAGUCCCAGCGGGUUCAGAAUAAACUAGGAAUCGUCUUUGAAAAGGAAAAAGACAAAAGUCAGAGGAAAGAUUUCAUCUUCGCAAGUGCAAAAAAAAGGGAAGCGUUCUGUCAGUUACUGCAGCUGAUGAAGAACAAACAUUCCAAUCAGGACGAGCCGGACAUGAUCUCCAUUUUCAUCGGCACAUGGAACAUGGGCGGUGUUCCCGCUCCUAAAGCCGUGAGCUCGUGGAUGUUCUCUCGAGGUUUAGGGAAGACUCUGGACGAGAUGACGGUCAGCAUCCCUCAUGACAUCUAUGUGUUGGGCUCACAGGAGAACUCAGUGUGUGACAGAGAGUGGGUGGACAACCUGCGCUCGACCCUCAAAGACAUCACAGAGAUCGACUACAAACCUGUCGCAAUCCAGACGCUGUGGAACAUUAAGAUUGUGGUGUUUGUGAAGUUAGAACAUGAGAACCGCAUUAGUCAUGUGGGAAUGUCAAGUGUGAAAACAGGAAUCGCCAACACACUCGGAAACAAAGGUGCGGUGGGCGUGUCCUUCAUGUUUAACGGAACAUCAUUCGGCUUCGUGAACUGUCACCUGACGUCCGGCAAUGAAAAGAUCCACAGGCGGAAUCAGAACUAUCUGGACAUCUUGCGUCAGCUCUCGCUGGGAGACAAGCAGCUGAACUCUUUUGACAUUUCACUGAGGUUCACACAUCUCUUCUGGUUCGGUGACCUCAACUACAGACUGGACAUGGACAUACAGGAAAUCCUGAACUACAUCAACAGGAAGGAAUUUGAGCCUCUGCUGAAGGUGGACCAGCUCAAUCUGGAGAGAGAGAAGAACAAAGUCUUCCUUCGAUUCGCGGAGGAGGAGAUCACCUACCCCCCCACAUACCGUUACGAGCGGGGCUCACGUGACACAUACGUGUGGCAGAAACAGAAAGCUACGGGCAUGCGGACCAACGUUCCGUCGUGGUGUGACAGGAUCCUCUGGAAAUCCCAUCCUGAGACACAUAUAGUGUGCAACUCUUAUGGCUGUACAGAUGACAUCGUCAGCAGUGAUCACUCGCCUGUCUUUGGGACGUUUGAAGUGGGCGUGACCUCACAGUUUGUGUCUAAGAAGGGACUGCCGAAGUCUUCAGAACAGGCUUACAUUGAGUUUGAAAACAUUGAAGCCAUUGUGAAGACAGCCAGCAGAACCAAAUUCUUCAUUGAGUUUUAUUCUACAUGUCUGGAGGAGUUUAAGAAGAGUUAUGAGAAUGACACUCAGAGCAGUGACAACAUCAAUUUUCUGCGUGUUGGUUGGUCGUCUAAGCAGCUGACGACACUGAAGCCCAUUCUGUCAGACAUCGAGUAUCUUCAGGAUCAACAUCUGCUGCUCACCGUCAAAUCUCUGGAUGGAUAUGAAUCAUACGGAGAGUGUGUAUUGGCUCUGAAGUCGAUGAUCGGCAGCACAGCUCAACAGUUUCACACGUAUCUGUCUCACCGCGGUGAGGAGACGGGAAACAUCCGCGGCUCCAUGAGGGUCAGAGUCCCAUCAGAGCGCAUGGGCACCAGAGAACGACUCUACGAGUGGAUCAGUGUUGAUAAAGACGAGGCGGCGGUGUCAAAGAGCAGAACGCUUCACCCCAGAUCAGGACAUGAAUAUGUCCAUGUGUGUAGCAGGAAGUUGGGUUCAGCUGAUCUCAGUAAAGUGCCUGAAGAAGGAGAUAAAAACAUCACCACUCGACAUCCAAACUGUGACACGCAGAGCAGAGGCAAGCAGGACACGUUUGAGGGAGGAGCCGCUAAAAACAGCUUCAACAACCCCGCCUACUACAUUCUAGAAGGAGUUCCCAACCAAUCAGCAGCUCUGGCCUCUGACAUGCUCCCUGGCUCCGCCCUUCCUCCAGCAUCCAAUAAAACAUCUUCCCCUGUGGGUGGAGUGGGGAAGAGCAAGCCGCCCAGUGGCAGCUCGGUUCAGGGGCGCAGGCAGACGUGCGGACGCCCGGUCCGGCCCAUCAGUGAGGAGGGGUCCUCAGAGGAGGACGGGACGCACGUCGGCUCGCUGAAUCGCCCCCCACCCGAUUUCCCCCCGCCCCCUCUACCCAAAGGAGCUCUGGAGAUGGCGGAAAACCCCCUCGGCAAACCACGCAUGUUUUCAGACCCGGCAGACGGCAAAAUCCCUCCCGCGUCACCCGUCACGUCGUCGCUGAGCUUCGUACCUUCUCCUGGAGGAGACUUGGCCUUCUGCGUGGAAACCCCGCCCAUGCUUAAUGCAGGCGCCCCGUUCCGUCGAGGGGGUGGAGCCUCAGGAAUGGACGACCAGUCGUGUUCGGUGCUGCAGAUGGCCAAAACUCUGAGCGAGGUGGAGUAUCCGUCGAGUCGAGGGGCUCUGAAGGGGGCCGCCGCUCCUCAUCUGCGGGGUCUCACCUUCCCUCCCCGCUCCAUCCAGGAGGAGAGCAUCGCUGAAGAUCUGCCUGAGGAGGGUUUGUGGCAUGCUGAGAGCAGUAGCAGCAGUCUGUCGGUGGACUGCAGUGUCGGCGAGUGGCUGCAGAAAUUAGGACUUCAGGAUUAUGAAGAGGGCCUACUGCAUAACGGCUGGGACGACCUGGAGUUCCUCAGCGACAUCACAGAAGAGGAUCUUGAGGAGGCGGGCGUUCAUGACCCCGCCCACAAGAAGAUCCUGCUGACCAGUCUGAAGCAGCAGAAGUGAGUCCAGAGCGGACCACGGCAGUCUGGUCUGAGGAGAACGCUUGCUCAGGUGUCGUGCAGAGAGUUCAUCGAAUCGGAUUGUUCACUACAAAGCCCCGCCCACAUCUUGAGAAAGCUUCCUGAUUUGUGAUGUCAUCAGAACGUUCCUCAGUUUCGCUAGAAUGUCUGAUGUGUUUGUGUUUUCUUGCACGUUCAGUGACUCUAAAGGGAAAAAUGCCAAAAUCGGUGAUGACUGAUGCACACUGAUGACUUGAAAGAGUUUGCGAUCGCUGUUUUACACAAACUUGUCUGUGUGUGUGUGUGUACACUGCAAAAAUUGACUUUCUUAGUACGUUUGUCUUGUUUUCCAGUUCAAAUUCUUGAAUCAAGAUGCAUUUUCUUGAUGAGCAAAAACAUUUGUCUUGUUUUUGGAACAAAGGUAUGAAAUGUCAGUUGAUUUGUACUUAAAAAAAUUAUAAGAAAUAUUAAGCUUUACCUUUUUCUUAGUCUCUAAAUUCAAGAUUAUCUUUCUAACCCCAUUGGGAGAUUUUGCUCAUUUUAAGUACAAGCACAAAUCUUGAUGCUUAUGCAUCUUGAUUCAAGAUUUUUUUUAUAUUUGUACUAGAAAACAAGACAAAAAAACAAGUAAGAAAGUCAUGUUUUGCAGUGUGUGUGUGCACAGGGGACAUUGAUAUCUCUUCUUUCAUUGCACAAUUAUUCGUCAUUUGUACGAUGCUGUUUUACAUUGACAUAAAUUGAUUUUCGUGAGGUAUUUUUGCGGUUAUACAUCAUUCAACAAACAAUCUUUCACCUGCUUUUAAAGGAUCAGUUCACUCAAAAAUCAUUUCCUCAUACUUAUCCGUAAACCCGGCUUUAUGACGACAGAGUUUGGUUUAAGAUGAGCUGUUCCUCUAAACUAUCAUUUCAACAUCUGUCUGAUCAGAGAUGAGAACUAAACUUCUGAACGAAUCUUCAUCUCCUGUGAAGUGUGUAGGACUGACCAGCAGGGGUCGCUGUGUGAUCGAUAAAGAGAAUCCUCACAAUCAUGUGUUUACACAUUUCAUCUUCUUUCUUUUUUUACUGAAACUAUCAAUAGUGAAUUCUCUUGAACAUCACAAGUGUUUGAGAUGCAGUUCAUACCUCGUCCAUGAAGCUCCAUUAUUCUCUAUUUGUGUUUGUUUUCAUCGUUGACAGAGAUGUAAAACUCCUGACUCAACUAUUUAACACAAUGUCUUUAAUAUUAUUAUUAUUAUGGGAUGUUUCUUCUAAAAUGCAUGUGAUAAAUAAUCCGGUUUGUGUACAAAGUUUUAACUCGUGUUUUGCUUCUGGCUCCUCUGAAUAUUUUGUUAACUCUUAAACUGUUUGUGUUCAUAUUUAACUUCUUAAUGACUUUGUCAUCUUUUACAUUGAUGUUGUUGUUGUUUAUAAAGUUAAUAAAACUAAACUCUAACAUCUCAA